AUGCCUUCCUUCAUCAACAACAUCGUUACUUUCGCUUUGGCGAGUCUGGUCCUUGUCUCCAACGUUGCUGGCGAUAAGCUCAUAUUCCGCAACCGUUCUGACCAAGUUUGCUGGAUUGAUUUCACACCCAACACCGAUGGAACCAAAGGCAUUGGAGAUAUUCGUGUUGACCCCAAGCAAGACGUGGAGUUCAGUAUGGAUGGGUAUGGCCCAGAGUGGGACCGUGGUCGUGGAUGGCGUGGAAACUUCCGUGCACACCGUGACGGAGCUCCCAGAGAUUAUGAUCAUAUUGUCUGAGGCGAAGUUUGUAAGUUCAUCUCCCAAAGUGCUUCUGCUUAUUCUCCACUUUCGAAGUGGAUGUUCAUUUGCCUCGCCAAUAGGUUUUUGGCUACUCUUGAGGCAUGGAUCCUUCAUGAUGAAAGAGACUGACUUUGUGGAUUAAAAAUAGGCUUCCAUUGCGACUCUCAACAUCCUGAGUUCAACACCUUUGAUGUCUCAGUUGUUCGUGACCCGAACACCCGGGAGGGAAUCCACUGGAUGUAAGUUCUCCAACUCUCCAAAAGCAUCCCCAGUUUCAAUGAACCAUACUGACUGUAGCUUUGCAUAGGUACCCACGAGGUGACCCAGGAGCCGGCCUCUCAGGCUGUGACCACUUCCCUUGCAGUACAUGCUACGUCAACUCCGGGGACAACUGGCAAACCAAGACCACCACCUCCAACGACAUCUACGUCGAGAUCCGCAACAGCUAAACGACCUUUCGCUUCUCCUGAAUCUAGACUCGAACCGAUACUCCUGAAAUAG